UGGCAAAUAAAUAAAACUUUUAACGCGAAAUAGUAAUUGUGAGAUUAAAUUAAAUAUUUAUAUUAGAAGAUGAUGGGUAUUUAAAAAAUAUAUAUUGCAAACUUCUCUUGAGAGAUACUCACACAACCAACAUAAAAUGUAUGAGAUAAUGUAGUCAAGUAAAUCGCAGCUUUCAAUUUUUCAUAGUAUUACUUGUUCAUCGUGACAGUGAAUAUUUCCCCUUCGUUUGGUUCAGAUAAAGUCUCUGCGCACGAUGAUAAGAACAGCUACAAUACAGAUAAAUAAGAAAAUUAAUCUGUGACUUUGGAGCAGAGUGUGAAAGUUGAUACGAAAUCAUCAAUCAGUACUGUGAACGAUGUCGAACACAAUUGUUGCGCGUACAGCUUUGGGGCCCAUUAAGGGGCUCUGUAGUGAAAAUUUGUGGAAUACCAAGUACCUUAGUUUCUUUAAGGUACCCUACGCUAAGCCACCUACUGGAGGUCGAAGGUUUAAGGAUCCUGAACCUUCGGAACCAUGGAGCGAGGUUUUGGACUGUACGGAAGAAAGUCCAGGUUGCAGUCAGAAGAUGAUGUUCUUGGAAUCUUUCCAAGGUGAAGAAGAUUGUCUCCAUCUAAGUGUUUUCACUCGGAAUACUGACCCCAGAAAACUUCAGCCAGUAAUGGUGUUCAUUCAUGGAGGAGGCUUUGUAUGUGGUUCUAAUGCAACACAAGUCUACGGACCGGAUUUUCUGAUUGAAAAAGAUGUUGUUCUUGUAACGAUCAACUACCGUCUUGGUGCUUUGGGUUUCCUAAGCCUUAACGAUCCAACACUCAAUGUACCUGGCAAUGCAGGUCUUAAAGAUCAAGUCCUAGCCCUUAAAUGGGUGAGAGAAAAUAUUUCUUAUUUCGGAGGAAAUCCAAAUUGUGUCACCGUAUUUGGUGAAAGUGCUGGAGGGGCUUCGGUUCAUUACCUUUUGAUAUCAGAAUUAGCUAGAGGAUUGUUUCACAGAGCAAUAGUUCAGUCUGGCUCUGUUUUCAACCACUGGGCUCUACCUAUUGAUCGUGAUGCUCCUGGACGGAUAGCUAAAGCUCUUGGUUGGAAUGGGAAUGGAGGAGAAGCAGCAAUACUUGAAAUUCUCAUGAAGGCUGAUCAUAUGGAUAUUGUUAAAGCGCAGGAGGAACUAAUAACUCCUGAUGUGAAGAAACAGGGCUCAAUUUCUCAAGUCGGCCCUACAAUUGAGCCCUACUUCAGUGAGCAAUGCAUGAUCCCACGCCAUCCACGCGAAAUGUGCCGUACAGCUUGGGGUAAUUUUAUUCCCAUAAUGGUGGGUGCUACAAGUGAGGAAGGAUUGCUCUUCUAUGAGGACAUCAAGAAGAACACUCAGGGCAAGGAAGGAGUUCACAGUUUAAGAGACUGUGUUCCAUUGGAUCUUAAUUUAAACACAAGUAGUGCUGAACGGAAGAGGAUUGCCGACAAAUUGAGAGAGUUCUACUUUGCCAAGAACACUUCAAGAGAAGAAAACAUAGCGAGUUAUGUAAAGUUGUUUUCGGACAAAGAUUUCUGGCAUGGUAUUUCAAGAUUAGUCAGAACACGAUGCGAAAAUACCUUCAAAGUUCCAACAUUCCUCUAUCGCUUCAACUACAACUCACCGAAUCUUGCCUUUGUGAAAUCCUUCUGUUGCACUGAUCCUGUACCAGGUAUAUGCCAUGGUGAUGAAUUGGGAUUCCUAUUUAAGAAUUCCUUCAUUGAAAAACCAAUCACAAAGGGAAGUUCUGAUCACAAAGGAAUUGAUUUAAUGGUGAAUAUUUGGACAAGUUUUGCCAAAACUGGGAAUCCAAAUUGUGACGCCACAAGGCCGGAACUCUGGCAUCCAGUUGCAGUUACAGGUCCACCGUUUAGGUGUCUCAACAUAAACGAAAAUAAGCUUGAAUUCUGUCAACUUCCAGAAACAGAACGAAUGGCACUAUGGGAUUCUUUUUACACUCGCCAAAGUCUUACGUAAAGUUAUUUUAUAUUGUAUUACAAAAAAUACAUGGUAAUAGGUUUUUUUUAAUACAUUUAAAAUGUCUUCAAAGGAGUUUAUUCAUUUUAAGGCUUUCAUGAAUAAAGAAAUUUAUUGUGAA